AUGACGAUGACGACGGUGAAUCGCCACGUCCACCGUCAAUCGUGCACGGACCACCUUGCCAACAUGAACGCCGGCGCCCCCACCCUGCUCCCGAACACAAACCCGAACGUGACAACAACAACAACAACAACAACGAUGACAAUGAUGAUGAUGAUGACGACAACGAAUCGCCACGUCCACCGUCAAUUGUGCACGGACCACCUCGCCAACGUGAACGCCGGCGCCCCCACCCUGCUCUUGCCGCUCGUUGUGCCCCAACCAUGCAUGGACCACCUCGCCAACACGAACACCGGCGCCCCCACCCUGCUCUUGCCGCUCGUUGUGCCCCAACCGUGCACGGACCACCUCGCCAACGCGAACGCUGGCGCCCCCACCCUGCUCUCGCUGCUCGUCGUGCCCCACCCAUGCACGGACCACCUUGCCAACGCGAACACCGGUGCCCCCACCCUGCUCUCACCGCUCGUCGUGCCCCAACUGUGCAUGGACCACCUCGCCAAUGCUGGUGCCUCCGUCCACCACCGAAUGUGCACGGACUACCCACCCACAUCUGCCAACAACAUCCACGACGUCCACGCCCCACACCGCGCCCAAUGCACACGUCCACCACCGAACAUGUAUGGACCACCGACCCACGACAACGCUGCCCAACGCACACGUCCACCACCAAACAUGUGCCAACCUCCUUACCCAUGA